UCCUUUAAGCAAAGAAUUAGUUUUUGAUAUUGAUAUUUCUGAUUAUAAUGAAGUACGUACUUGUUGCAAGGAAUCUGAUAUGUGUGAAAAAUGUUGGCCUUUAAUGGUUAUUGCUAUAAAAAUUUUGGAUAUUGGAUUGAGAGAGGAUUUUGGGUUUGAACAUAUUUUAUGGAUCUAUUCUGGAAGAAGGGGUAUACAUUGUUGGGUUUGUGAUGUAUUAGCUAGAAAAUUAGACAAAAAUGUUAGAUCAGCCAUUGCAGAAUAUUUUACCAUUGUUAUAGGUGGUGAAAAUAUGUUACGCAAAGUAGAACUUGAAGAUCCCAUACACCCAUCUAUAUCUCGCUCUUUCAACAUAAUAAAAAACUAUUUUGAGAAAUUGAUGCUCAUAGAUCAAGAUAUAUUGGGAACUCCAACUGCUUGUGACAAGAUUUUAGCCCUGAUUCCAGAUAUCGAUUUGAGAAAAUUGGUGAAAAGGGAGCUAGAGAGCCAAACCAAAUCUAUGUCUUCCAUCGACAAAUGGAAUAUAAUGAGCAAAAUUGUCAGUCGCGAAACAUCGAAAGGUAAAUAUCAGAAAUCUUCCAAAUGUCGACAAGAAAUCAUGUUACAAUAUUGUUAUCCUAGACUAGACGUUAAUGUUACUACUGGAUUAAAUCACUUGCUCAAGAGUCCUUUUAGUGUCCACCCUAAAACAGGGCGGGUGUGCGUGCCAAUCGAUAUCGAAAACAUUGACGAAUUCAAGCCUUUGAAAGUCCCCACUAUUGAUCUAUUAUGCGACGAAAUUAAUGCUUACGAAAUGAGUUCCAAGGAUGAAGAUGCCAUUAUCGAGGAUAUGGAAAAUAAUGUGGAUGAUAGCACGGGAAAUCAACCCAAGAAACUCAAAAUUAUCAAAGAUUUUAAAAAGACCAGCCUAUACCCUAGUAUACAAACAUUUGAAAAAUUUGUUCAAAAUUUGGAAGCAUCCUGGAAGGGUAAAUUGCUUGAACAAAGUGGUAAAUAUUUUUUAAGAGAAAAUUUUUAA